AUGGGGGACAUCUCUUCACUUCAAAACACCUCAGUUGGGUUACCCACCGAGGGACUCGAUGAGAGAGUGAAGAUGUUGCUCAAGUACUUCAAAUCAGAAGAAGACAUGGGAUGUGGUGACAGUUUUGCUGAGAGAGCUGAAUGGUACUAUCAGAAACGCCCUCAGCUUCUUGCUUUACUUCAAGACUUGUACAAUGGGUACACGACCCUGUUGGACAGGUGCAAUAGAAUGGAAAAAGGCAAGAAACUUAGCAAACAUUUCUCAUCUUCAAUGUCAAUCAACCUUGAUGAUGGUGAUCAAUAUCAAGAAGACAGUGGCGGAUCUAGCAGCUGCCAGUUUCUUGAUUGGGAUGCUGAGAGCUCUCUGUCUUACCAACAACCACCAACCCCCAUUCAAGAUGGCAGUAAUACCACUCUUGGGAUCGAUGAGAUUGUAGCUGAUCUUGUAAUGAAGAACGUAGAGAACGAUAUAUUAGCAGACCAGCUUAGUGACAUGGAGAAGCAGCAGCAAGGUCAAGAAUCAAUAUGGAGGAAAGUAGAGUUGUUAAAGAAACUUCUUGAGGUGUUAGAGUCGGAGAGGAUAGUGUUGCUGAAUGAGAACGUGAGAAUGGGGUACCAAAUGCAAGCUUUAUUGGAAGAAAACAAAGGGUUGUCAUCCGAAGCUAUGUUCUUGAAGAGGAAAGCUGGUGAGCUUGCCAGGUGCGUGUUGAAGAUGAGGGAGGAUCGUAGGGUGUGUAUGCUAACUAGGAAAAUUGAGGAUCUUCAAGGGCAGAUAUAUGGGUUGGAGAUAAGAAACAAGGAGUACUAUCAGCAGUUGUUGAAGAAAGAGCAGCAAAAGGAAGAGAAAAUUGGCAACAGCAGCAGCAAAGAUAGGGUGGCUUUUGUAGGUUGUUGCUUUCAAUUGGAGAAGCUGAAGCUGAAGAAAAAGAACGAAGUUUAUGUUAAUAAUGGUGAUGAAAAGAGAUGGCCAAAAUGGUGGGACAAGGUAAAGAGCAUGGACAUGUUUAUGUGUGGCUUUCAGUGUUCCCCUUGA